AUGAUCCCACGGUGGCUGCUGCUCACACUGAGCCUGCUGCUGGUAUGGGCAUCGCAUCCAGCAGCGGCAAAGGGAAACGAACCGAAGGUCGUGACCCAUGAACUCAACGAUGUGCCCACAGAUUUGUUCUACUUCCGCGGCACAAAUACCAUCCUCUACCGCGACAAAACUUCCCUCACCGCACAUGUCUCCUUUGAUGGUGGCGAGAAAUGGGAGACCGUCAAGGGCAGGGAUGGAACCAUGGAAGGCGUUGUCGAGUUGAUCUGGAACCAUCCAUUCGACGCCCACCGCGCGUACAUCCUCGGCCAGAAUGGCAAGCACUGGAUCACGACCGACCAGGCCAAGACAUGGAAACCUUUCCAGGUGGAUGUAAUGCCGUUCGCGUCGAUGCGCUCGUCCCUGUUGGAGUUCAAUGGUUGGGAUCCGAAAAAGGUCAUAUUCAUGGGUCUCGACUGCACCAUCCUUGGCUGCACGCCCCAGGCGUAUUAUACCGUCGACGACUUCGAAAAUGUUCAGCCCUUGCGCGACAUGACUCUCCAGUGUAUGUGGGCCGCGAGCCGCCCGCAGUUUGCGUGGGACUUAGAAAUGCCGAAAUCGACAGGAGACCGGAUCAUGUGUGUUGUCCCUGGGUUGAAGGGGCCGUUUGAGAAUACACAUACAGAACGGUUGAUAUAUUCCGACAAAUUUUUCAAAGAUGAUGUGGAGGGCAUCGAGGCAAAAUUGGACCAUGGCAAACCGCUGAGCGGCAUUAGUCUUCAGAUCCGCUCUGUAACUAAGUAUAUCGUGGCGCGCCUUCAAUCGCGCGGUACGCAGGAGCAGGCUUUGUAUGUCAGUGACGACUCGAUUGUGUGGCAUCGCGCGGAGUUUGGCAAGCACCGCAUUGAAGAGGAUGCCUACACUAUCUUAAAAAGCACCAACUAUAGCAUCCAGAUCGACGUGCAAACUACCUGGCGUGAUAACCGGAUGGGUAGUCUUUUCUCAUCCAACUCUAAUGGCACUUACUUUACACGAAAUAUCGAGCACACGAACGAGGACCUGGCUGGCUUGGUCGAUUUCGAGGAAGUCACGGGUAUUCAGGGUAUAGUGAUCGUCAACACCGUCAAGAACUGGGAGGAGGCUGAGAAGUCUGACUCGAAUAAAAAGAAGCUUAUCAGCAGUAUCAGUUUUGACGAUGGGAGAACCUUCCAACCUCUAAAGGCUGAUAAAGACGAGUUACACCUGCAUUCGCUGACCACCUAUGACGCGCUGCACAAUAUGCCCCUACCAGAUCACCGAAUGUUCUCAAGCCCGGCUCCAGGAUUGGUCAUGGGUGUCGGUAACACUGGAGAUCAUCUCGAGGACUACUCCAAGGGUGAUCUCUAUGUUUCAGACAAUGCGGGUAUUACAUGGCGGCGCGCGCUCAAGGGCCCGCACCGGUACGAGUUUGGCGACCAGGGAGGCGUGAUCAUGGCCGCCUUGCAUGGCAGCGCGACGGACAAUGUCCAAUUCUCUAUCGACCAUGGGAAAGAGUGGGAGGCGAUUGAUCUCAAGCAGAAGAUCAAACCUCUAUACCUGAUCUCGACGCCUGAUUCGACCAGCCUCAAGUUCCUGCUUGUUGGUAUUUCCGGCGAUGACACCAAAGUCCUCAUGUUUUUUAUUGACUUCGAUGGCCUCCAUGAGCGCCAGUGUGAAUCUGGAGACCUUGAAGAGUGGACUGCUCGUUUAAAUGAAAAGGGCGAGCCUGAUUGUCUGAUGGGUCAAAAACAGUUCUUCCAACGUCGCAAGGCAAAUGCGGAUUGCUUCAUCAAGAAGGAGUUUGCCAUCAGCCCCCCUGAAUUCAAAGCCUGCAAGUGUUCCGCUGAAGAUUUUGAAUGCGACUACAACUUUGUUCGCAGCGAAGACCGCAAGGAGUGUGUACCGGCUGUCCCAAUGACACCACCGGCUGGCAAGUGCACUGAGCCUAGUGACAAGUACAUGGGCCCCUCAGGAUGGCGACUCAUCCCCGGUAACAAGUGCAUCCGCGAAGGCGGCGAGGAUCUCGAGCGCGAGGUUGAGCGCUCCUGCGGGAAUAAUGUUACAGCGCCUUCUCCCAUCGUUGAUGGCAAACCUCGCGCGGAAAAGCCACAGAUCAUUUCUGCCACGGAGACAAACUACUUCUAUCUCGAACGACAGGCCAGUAACAACGGCGUUGAUGAAACUAUUAUGAUGCUCACGAACAAAAACGAGCUGCAUAUCUCGCGCGACCAUGGCCGGAACUGGAAGCAAAUCCACGCGGAUGAGAAGUUUACAGGAAUGUUUCAGCAUCCUUACUUUACUGAUGCGGCUUUCUUCCUCACAGACAGCAAGAAAGUGUACUACACUAUCAAUCAUGGUGAUUCUUUCCACUUCUUUGAAGCUCCCAGUUUGCCUACCAAGGAGGAGCACAUCCGCCCAUUGGCUUUCCAUGAGAAGUUCCAGGAUUCGCUUAUCUGGAUUGGUCACAAGGACUGCGAUAGUGAUGGGAAGAACUGUCGCUCGCAAGCUUACGUCACCGACAAGCGAGGCGCUAGUUGGGACCCGAUGCUUAUUGGAGUCGACGGUUGUAACUUUGGAUAUCACGAGGGUCGCAACAACAGUGAAAAAUUGGUGAUUUGCGAGCAGUAUAAAGAUGAGGAAAGGAACAAUAAGCGGCAGCUGGUUAUCAGUGAUGAUUAUUUCUCAACCAUGGACGUUAAGUUCGAUAACAUCGCUCGUUCCGCUACUAGGAACUCUUUUGUCAUCGUCGCCUGGUACGAAGGAGACCAGAACGAAUACCUGAAUGCUAGCGUUAGCGUCGACGGUCGCACUUACGCCAACGCAGAAUUCCCUUUCAACAUUAAGGUCCCUCAGUAUACCGUCCUACCUAGCUCUCCGCAUGCAUUGUUCCUCCUUGUGAAGGUGGGCGGAGGAAAGGAAGGCAGUUUCGGCUCCCUGGUCAAAAGUAACAGCAACGGUACCUACUUCGUUCAGAGUCUCGAGGGACUCAACGUCAAUGACCGCGGCUACACGGACUACGAUGAGUUGAAAGGCCUCGAGGGUGUGGCUAUUGCCAAUGUGGUUUCGAAUCGGGAAGAAGUGCAAAGCAAGGGCGCGGCCAAGAAGCUGCGCACUAUGAUCACCCACAAUGACGGUGGUCAGUGGAUGCUUCUGGCUCCCCCGUCUCACGAUGUCGAUGGCAAGAACUUCGGCUGCUCCGUUACGGAGAGCCAGGGCACUGAGAAAUGCGCUCUCCAUUUCCACGGCUAUACCGAACGCCGCGAUCCCCGUGACACCCUCUACUCAGGCUCCGCCAUCGGUCUGAUGCUCGCGCUCGGCAACGUCGGUGAGCAUCUUACCAGCGUAACCGAUGCCGACACAUACCUCACCAGGGAUGGCGGCAUCACCUGGAUUCAAGUCAAGAAGGGACAGUACAUGUGGGAAUUCGGUGCUGCAGGCUCGAUAAUCGUGCUCGUCAGCGACCGGAAGCCAACCAAGGUUGUACACUACACUCUCGACGAGGGCAUAAGCUGGCACGAGUUCCAGUUCGCCGAAAAGGAAAUGGUCGUCGACGAUAUCUCGACUGUGCCAUCAGACACAUCGAAGAACUUCCUGCUUUGGAGCAUGGACGGCGGCAAGCGUGUUACCAUUACGCUCGACUUCAGUGGUAUCUGGAGCCGCGACUGUAACGACGAUGAGAACGACUACUACAACUGGUCCCCCUCUCAUCCAUUCCAGGAAGAGAACUGUCUCUUUGGCCAUGUCGAGGAGUACCACCGCAAGAAACCUGCCGCUGAGUGUUGGAAUUCCUGGCGUGAGCCACACCUCCACAGCAUUGGUCGGAACUGCACUUGCACCCGUGCUGAUUUCGAAUGCGACUACAACUACGAAAUCCAAAAAGACGGCAGCUGCGGUCUCGUCCCGGGCCUCCAACCCCAAGACCACAUCACACAAUGCAACCAAGACCCCGACAUGGUCGAAUACUGGGAACCAACCGGCUACCGUCGAAUCCCGCAAACUACCUGCCAAGGCGGCCUCGUAUUAGACCAAGACGUCUCAAGAGCCUGCCCGAACAAAGAAGAAGAAUAUCAGAAGAAACACGGUAUCAGCGGAGUCGGUCUAUUCUUCGCAAUCGUGACACCCAUUGUGGCUGCCAUCGCCGUCGGCUGGUACGUGUACACGCACUGGGACGGCAAAUUCGGCCAGAUCCGACUGGGUGAGGGCGGGGCCGCUUCAUCGCAGAGCUGGUUAUCUAGGGACUCGCUGCUAGUCGCGGUGCCUGUGGCGAUUAUCGCGGGCAUUGUUGCGGUUGCGCAGUCUCUUCCGUUACUUGCUAGGAGUUUGGCGCGGGGCACGUCUGGUUUGCUCGGAAGGGGGAGAUCGCAGAGACCUUAUUCUACACGUGGCUCGUUUGCGGCGAGAAGGGGGGAGUAUUCUUCUGUUGUUGAUGAUGAAGAUGAGUUGCUUGGAAUUGAUGAAUUUGAUGAUGAAGAGGAGCAGGCCUAG